AUGGAAGACGUGGAUUAUCAACCCAUCAAGUCAGAAGAGGACGUAGCGUGCGAAAGGUACUACGUUCAAACCACGACGCGCGACACUUCAGGUCGCUAUAUCGUUCGUCUGCCGUUUCGAUCAGGCAAAUUCGAACUAGGUUCGUCAAAACACCAAGCGUUACAGCGUUUUCAGGCGUUGCAGCGCAAAUUUGAUGCUAACCCUAGGUUUCGAGCAGAGUACGAAAGGGAAUUCAAUGGGUACCUGGAACUUGGUCACAUGACGUUGUGCGAGGACGACAACAACGAUGGUUACUACUUGCCUCACCAUGCGGUGAUCAAGGAGUCUAGCGAAACGACAAAAUGUCGUGUCGUUUUCGAUGCUUCUGCAAAAUCCUCCACGGGCAUUUCGUUGAACGAUAUAUUGUUGACCGGACCGACCAUUCAGGAAACUCUGUAG